UUUCAAGAUUCGAUGUACUGUGCUGUUGAAUUCGGUUCUGGUAGAGUAGAGGGAUUGUUCAUUAAAUCAUCUCUUUUAUCGAAUAUAAAGGAGCUAGAUUAUGUAAUAGUAGAAGGAGACCGAGGUAUUGAUUUGGGAAGAGUGAUUGAACUUGAUUUAUCAAAAAAUAAAGCCAAGAUGAUAAAUAAGAAAGGGCCAAAGUCUUUUCGUCGAGUACUUCGUCUUGCCACACGCAAAGAAAUAAAGAGAUACUGGAAGAACAUUAUUAUGGCAAGUCAAGCUGUCAAUAUAUGUCAAAAAGAAAUAGAUAGACAAAAGCUUCCAGUUGAUUUGGUCAAUGCCGAAUAUCAGUGGGAUCAAGAGAAGAUUACGUUCUUUUUUAAUGCAAAAACUAGAGUAGACUUUAGGCAGCUUGUUGUUUUUCUAUACACCAAGUUCCAAGCUCGUAUCUGGAUGUAA